AGGAAAAGAUUUGCCAUGCAGUCGAGCUUUGAGGUGUUAAGAAAGCUGCUGCUGAUGCAGGGACAGAGAGAGACUGUUUCUAUGGUCCAUCACACAGGUGUUACUGUGGCAACAGGAAUCGGCUCGCCAGCCAGUCAUGCUGCGUCAUCUUAUUUACAGCCUCCUCCUUUGGUUUUUUUGGUGGAUGUGGGAGUCGUGCACUUCACCCCCCUGGUUCAGCCCCAAAUACAACAGCCCUUCAAGCUGGUUGAGAAAGUCGUCAGGAACGUUUUCCAGUUCCGCAGGAAGCACUGCCAUAAAGGAGUAGAGAAGUUGUUCCCCGAGGCGUGCCGUGCUGAGCUGACGCAGGAGAUGAUGCAACAGGCGGACGUGGACCCCAUCCUGCGCCCCACAGAACUCACCAUACCCCACAUCCGGGCUUUGGCGGACGCUUACGCCAGCCUGUGCAGGCGGGAGCCGGGGCUCUUCGGCUACGAGUUCAGAGAGGAGCUGAGGCUGAAGCGCCUCGGCGCGGGGUACAGCCCGGCGGCGGACGCUCUGAGGGACACGUCUGGGUGCACGGCCCCGUGCUGAAAUUAAAGUGAGAAGGCGACUAAUGGCAUCGGUUAGUGCGAGGGACGCACAACAGGCUGCUCUUAGCUGUGACAUUUCCAGCAGGUGCACACAUGCAUUUUUUACUGCUCCUCCAGGGGAGCUAACGUGGAGUGUGCGAGCCGUGUAAGCGCACGCUUUUCUGGAUGCUCGCAGCAACUCCACGCUUUUAUUUUAAACCUUCCUUAAUGUCCCAUUUCUUUGUUCACUUUCAUUUAACACCUCCGCCGUGGGAGACGAGAGAACUUCAGAGAAACAGAUCGUGGCAGCAGCACAUCCAGGACCCAUUUUGAAACAUUUCUAUUUUUUUGCUUUGUGCCUCUCAGUCACAUGAGAUGCAGAGCUUAAAGGAAAAAAGAAAUUGCUGUGAAUUUGAAGCUAAAAAAAAAACUCUGUGUGGCACCAGGGAACUUGGACUCACAUUAAAAGAUUUAAAAGGAUGUCCUUGAAUGUUUCGACUGGCUGUCUGGGUAUAAAAACACUCUUGCUGUUUAUAUAUUUGCCUAAACGCUCUCCAAUCAACCUCUGACCAGAUGAGUCCGACAGUUUAUUAGCUCGGAAAUACCAGAAGGAAUAAAUGCCUCACAAAACAAUA